CCCGCUUGGAGCUCGCCGCUGAGCUCGUCAUGGACCGCACCGACCGCGCACCGACUGCGCUCCGCCCGCUCGCCCUCUCGCAGGGCCUCCUCUCACGCGCAGACGGCUCGGCCCAGUUCGCGUUUGGCAACGUCGCCGUCCUCGCGUCCCUCACCGGGCCCGCCGAGGUCCGCAUCCGCGACGAGCUCGUCGACCGAGCCACCCUCGACAUCCACCUGCGCCCCUUGCGCGGUCAACCAGGUCCCGCCUCGCGCGCCGCCGAGUCGACCCUCGCCGCCCUCCUCGCGCCCCUCAUCCUCCUGCACCUGUACCCGCGCGCCCUCCUCCAGCUCACCCUCCAGACCGUCUCGCUCCCCUCGACCGCCUUCACCUCGCCCCUCUCGACCGACCCGCUCUCCCUCGACGACGACCCCAAGGGCAAGCGCAAGCGCAAGGCGCGCGGCACGGGCCUCGGCGCCGCAGAAAAGGCGGCCCGCAUCAACGCCGCCAUGAUGAGCCUCGUCGACGCGGGCGUACAGACGCGCGGCGUGCUCGUCGCUGUCGCCGUCGCCAUCGUGCCCUCCCCAGCCGCCCGCGACGACGACGACGACGACGACGCCGAGGAGGAGGAGGAGGAGGAGGAGCUCCGCCUCGACCCGACGCAGCACGAGGAGCUCGCGUCGACGAGCACGCACGUGUUUGCGUUCUCGUUUGGGCAGGCCGUCGGCGGGACCGAGGGCACGUGCGUCGGCGUCGACUCGGUCGGGCAAUUCUCCCAAGACCAGCUCUUUGACGCACAAGACGUCGCGCAAAAAGCGGCGCAGACCGUGCUCGCCUUCGUCCGCCGCAGCGUCGAGACCAAGUACGGCGUCGAGGGCAAGCCGCCACCGGCGCAGGUGCGCGCUCUCGAGGGCGGGCGAGGAGCGGACGAGGACGAUGACGAUGAGGAGGUCGGGGAGGUCGAGGACGAGGGCAGCGAUGACGACGACCAGGUCAUGAUAGAGGCUUGAGGUGGACUCUGUCGAGCGAGGAGGCGAGCCGUAAUGACGACGUCCUCUCGACCGUCCUUUCUGCCCU